ACGGCGCCGUCCUGGGAGCGAGCAGGCUGUGGUGAGGGGCGGCGGAGACCGGAGAUGUUUUCGAGCCCGGCCUUGGCGGCGUUCGCGGCGGCGGCGAAGACCACGACAGCGACGGCGGCGCCGAGGCCCUCGUUCCGGGGGUAGACCCUCCCGCGCCGGCCGUGCCUCGGGUCCGUGCGGGCGAGGGGGGCGUGGCGACAGGCGAGGAGGAAGGAGGGGCGCGGUUUCAAGCCCCGGCCCCGGAGCCCGGGAGGAGCCCCUCAGUCGCGCCCGCUCUCGUCCCCUCCCCCGAGCGAGAUCCAGGAUGAGAAGACUGAUAAAAGAAGAAGCUAGUUGAACAGCUAUAAGAUGCCCAAAUCUGGGUUCACAAAACCAGUUCAGAGUGAAAAUUCUGACAGUGACAGCAAUAUGGUAGAAAAACCAUAUGGAAGAAAGAGUAAAGACAAGAUUGCAUCCUAUAGCAAAACUCCAAAAAUUGAUCGGAGUGAUGUGGGCAAGGAGAUGAAAGAGAAAUCGUCCAUGAAACGGAAACUUCCUUUUACCAUCAGCCCAUCAAGAAAUGAAGAACGAGAUUCAGACACAGAUUCAGAUCCAGGACAUACAAGUGAAAAUUGGGGGGAGAGACUUAUGUCUUCUUACAGGACAUACUCAGAGAAAGAAGGUCCAGAAAAGAAGAAAACAAAAAAGGAAGCUGGGAAUAAGAAGUCCACUCCAGUUAGCAUUCUUUUUGGUUAUCCACUCUCAGAGCGAAAGCAGAUGGCACUUCUUAUGCAGAUGACAGCAAGAGACAACAGUCCAGAUUCCACACCAAAUCAUCCAUCACAAACAACACCAGCCCAAAAGAAAACUCCCAGUUCUUCAUCUCGACAGAAAGAUAAAGUUAAUAAAAGAAAUGAACGUGGUGAAACUCCUUUACACAUGGCAGCUAUUCGAGGAGAUGUAAAACAAGUCAAAGAAUUAAUAAGUUUAGGGGCAAAUGUGAAUGUGAAAGAUUUUGCAGGUUGGACACCACUGCAUGAAGCUUGCAAUGUUGGAUAUUAUGAUGUUGCUAAGAUACUUAUAGCAGCUGGAGCAGAUGUUAACACACAAGGAUUAGAUGACGACACUCCACUCCAUGAUUCUGCUAGUAGUGGGCACAGAGAUAUAGUGAAACUGCUACUUCGUCAUGGUGGAAAUCCAUUUCAAGCUAAUAAACAUGGGGAGCGUCCAGUGGAUGUAGCAGAAACAGAGGAGUUGGAAUUGCUGCUAAAAAGAGAGGUGCCUUUAUCUGAUGAUGAUGAGAGUUACACAGAUUCUGAAGAGGCUCGGUCUGUAAAUCCUUCCAGUGUUGAUGAAAAUAUUGACUCUGAGACAGAGAAAGACUCUCUCAUCUGUGAAAGUAAACAAAUAGUUCCCAGUAAAGCAGCUCUUCCAUGUGCCCUUGAUGAGUAUGAGUUCAAAGAUGACGAGGAGGAAGCAGUAAACAAGAUGAUCGAUGGCAGGCGCAUUCUUAGGAAAGAGCUGAGAAGAGAGAACGAGGCUCAAGUAGAAAAGAGUAGCUUAUUUGCAAAACAGGAAAAAGCUUUCUAUCCUAAAUCAUUUAAAAGUAAAAAACAAAAGCCAUCUAGGGUUUUGUAUUCAAGUUCUGAAAGUUCCGAUGAAGAAAUUCUUCAGAACAAAAAGUGUUCUGCUCCAUGUUCUGUCCCUGAAACUUCGAAUUCUGAUAUACAGACCAGAAAGGAAUAUGGAGUUUCAAAUGAACACAAACAGAAAGGGAAAGUUAAAAGAAAAUUAAAGAACCAGAACAAAAAUAAAGAGAACCAAGAGCUGAAGCAAGAAAAAGAGGGGAAAGAAAAUACCAGAGUAACAAACUUGACAGUUAAUACUGCACUAGAUUGUUCAGAAAAGACCAGAGAGGAGGGGAAUUUUAGGAAAUCUUUUAGCCCAAAAGAUGAUACUUCAUUACAUUUAUUUCAUAUUUCCACUGGUAAAUCUCCCAAACAUUCUUGUGGACUCAGUGAAAAGCAGUCAACACCACUAAAACAAGAACAUUCUAAGACGUGUUUAUCACCAGGAAGUUCUGAAAUGUCAUUACAGCCUGAUCUUGUUCGGUAUGAUAAUAUAGAAUCUGAAUUCUUGCCAGAAAGUUCAAGUGUAAAAUCUUGUAAGCAUAAGGAAAAAAACAAACAUCAGAAAGAUUUCCACUUAGAAUUUGGUGAAAAGUCAAAUGCCAAAAUAAAGGAUGAAGAUCACAGUCCAACAUUUGAAAAUUCAGAUUGCACACUGAAAAAAAUGGAUAAAGAGGGUAAAACAUUAAAAAAACAUAAAUUAAAACAUAAAGAAAGGGAAAAAGAAAAGCAUAAAAAAGAAAUCGAAGGUGAAAAGGAAAAAUACAAAAAUAGGGAUGGUGCUAAAGAGCUGCAGCGGAGUGUGGAAUUUGAUAGAGAAUUUUGGAAAGAGAAUUUUUUUAAAAGUGAUGAAACUGAAGAUCUAUUUUUAAGUAUGGAACAUGAGUCCCUAACAGAAAAAAAAUCAAAGUUGGAGAAAAGCAUGAAAGAUGAUAAAUCAACCAAGGAAAAGCAUGUCUCCAAAGAGAGGAACUUUAAAGAAGAACGAGAAAAGAUUAAAAAGGAAAGUGAGAAAUCUUUUAGGGAGGAAAAAUUAAGAGAUUUGAAAGAUGAGAGAGAGAAUGUACCAACUGAUAAAGAAACAGAAUUCAGUUCUUUAGGUAUAAGUGCCAGUGAAGAGUCUAUAGGGUUACAUUCAGUGGAAAAGGAAAUAGAAAUUGAAAAACAAGAAAAGCAUAUGAAAGAAAGUAAGGAUAAAUCUGAGAAACGGUUUCAAAGUAAAGAAAAGGAUGUUGAGAAGCCUGAAAGAAAAAAUUCUGAAAAAGAGAAGAAGAUAAAACAUGAGCAUAAGUCAGAGAAAGACAGAUUAGAUCCUAGUGAAUGUGUUGACAGAAUAAAAGAGAAAGACAAGCUAUAUUCACAUCACACAGAAAAAUGCCAUAAAGAAGGAGAGAAGAUAAAAAACAUUACUACCGUUAAAAAAACUGAUGACAGAGAGAAAAGUAGAGAAAAGAUAGAUAGAAAACAUGACAAAGAAAAACUUGAAAAAGAGAGACAUCCUGCAGAGAGCAAAGAGAAGCACUUGAUGGAAAAAAAAAACAAACAAUCAGAUAAUACUGAGUAUACUAAAUCAGAAAAAACCAAAAAUAAAGAAAAAGAUAGGGAGGUAGAGAAAAAGGAAAAAUCUAGAGAUAAUGUAAAUAUAACUAACUCCAAACAUUUCCAGGAAGAGAGGAGGUCAAGUAUAGCAGACAGCAAUAAAGCACAACAUGAAAAAACUUUCUCUCUUAAAGAAAAAACAAAAGAUGAGCCUUUGAGAACUCCUGAUGGAAAAGAAAAAGACAAAAAAGAUAUAGACAGAUACAAAGAACGAGACAAACACAAGGAUAAAGUUCAACUAAGUAGUUCACUCAAAGUAAAAUCCGAAGCAGAUAAGCCUAAACCUAAGUCAUCACCAGCAUCGAAAGAUACUCGACCCAAAGAAAAGAGGCUGGUGAAUGAUGACUUAAUGCAGACCAGCUUUGAAAGGAUGCUUAGCCUUAAAGACCUAGAAAUAGAACAGUGGCACAGAAAACACAAGGAAAAGAUUAAGCAAAAAGAAAAGGAACGGUUGAGAAAUCGUAAUUGUUUAGAACUUAAAGUAAAAGAUAAAGAAAAAACAAAGCAUGUACCAGCCGAGUCCAAAAAUAAAGAACUUACUAGGUCGAAGAGUUCAGAGUUGACUGAUGCUUAUACCAAGGAGAAACGUUGCAAAGAUGCUGUAAGUAACAGGUCACAAUCUGUUGACACCAAAAAUACAGUGAAUUUAGGCAAGUCAUCCUUUGUUUCAGAUAAUAGCUUAAACAGAUCUCCUAGAUCAGAAAGUGAAAAGCCAGGUCUCAGCUCCAGGUCUGUGUCCAUGAUUUCGGUGGCUAGCUCUGAAGAUUCUUGCCACACUACAGUGACAACCCCAAGGCUUCCAGUGGAGUAUGACUCAGACUUUAUGUUAGAGGGUUCAGAUUCCCAAAUGUCCUUUUCCCAGUCACCGUUUUUGUCAAUUGCCAAAUCUCCUGCCCUUCAUGAAAGGGAGUCAGAUAGCCUGGCUGAACUACCAGAGCGCAUUAAAGCGUCAUAUACAAGCAGACUUCCAACAGCCCAUCUCCGGUCCUCCUCGGUAGAAGAUGCUAAGCUAGUUAUAAAUGAGGGGAGACCAACUGCAGAAGUUCGAAGAUGUAGCAUGCCAUCUGUCAUUUGCGAACAUACAAAACACUUCCAAACAAUAUCAGAAGAAAGCAGUCAAGAUGGCUUAGUUGUGCCAAGAGAUGCUUGUCCUUCUCCCAAACCUGAGGUACCCUCGGAUGUGCCUGAAAGAGAACAUUCAAGUGCGUCCAACACACAUUCCAGUUUUGCAGCAUCUCCAACUAGAUCUGUAAACAGCAAACAUACUUCUGCUGAUACAAAUGGUAUCAAGAGCACUGCUUCAGUGGGCACUUUGAUGGACAGUCCUGUGUAUCUAGAGCCGUCUAGUCAGGUUGGUGUGAUCCAAAGUAAAUCAUGGGAAAUACCUGUUGAUAGACGGGAGUCAUUGAGCGCCAGUGACUUCAUCUGCCCCAAUUCUACUACACCUGAUCAAGAUUCCUCUGUUCAGGGUUUUUGUAAUUCUGAAAACAAAAUAUUGAAAGAACAGAAUAUUGAUUUUGUAUCCUUGCACCAGACUGAAUUGCCAGGAAACACUUGUGCUCAGGAUCUAGCAUCCUUUCUCCCUUCACAGCAGCCUUGCUCUUUUCACAGCCAAUCACUUUCAGAUGCUGAAUCUAUUUCUAAGCAUAGAUCUUUGUCAUAUGUUGCCAAUCAAGAGUCAGGUAUUUUACAACAGAAAAAUGCAAUUCAAAUUAUUAAUUCUGUUUUAGAUACUGAUAAUGAAUCUACAAAAGAUAUGGAGAAUACUUUUAUCCUAGCAGAUGUUCAAAAGACAGAUGCCUUUGUUCCAGUGUUCUCUGAAAGCACUGUUCAAGAAACAGCACCGAAUUUUGAGAAAGCUAAUACUUUGCCUGUAUUACCAUCAGAAAAGGACUUUAAUGGAAGUGAUGCCUCUUCCCAGCCAAAUACACAUUAUGCAUUUAGCAAACUAAUGUAUAAGUCUUCCAGUGGCCAUGAGGCUGAAAAUCGUACUUCUGAUAUUCAGGUUAUUUCACAUGAAAAAGAAAACAAACUGGAGAGUUUGGUUUUGACUCAUUUGAAUGAUAAGUGUGAUUCUGAUUUAUGUGAAAUGAAUGCAGGGUUGCCAAAAGGAAACCUGAAUGAACAGGAUAAUCCAAAACAUUGUCCUGAAAGUGAAAAGUGUUUGCUUUCCAUAGAGGAUGAAGAAUCACAACAGAGCACUUUAUCGAGUCUGGAAAACCAUUCACAACAACCACCUCAACCAGAAAUGCACAGAUAUGGACACUUAGUUAAAGUAGAAUUAGAAGAAAGUGCUGAAGAUGAUAAAACUGAAAACCAAAUUCCUCAAAGGAUGACUAGAAACAAAGCAAAUACAAUAGCAAAUCAAAGCAAACAGAUUCUUGCCACCUGUACACUAUUAGCAGACAAAGACACCGAGUCUUCAUCUCCUAGAGGAAGAAUAAGAUUAACUGAGGAGGAUGAUCCUCAGAUUCACCACCCACGGAAAAGGAAAGUGUCACGUGUGCCUCAGCCUGUGCAAGCAAGUCCCUCUUUACUGCAAGCAAAAGAGAAAACUCAGCAGUCUCUGGCAGCCAUCGUGGACUCUCUGAAACUAGACGAGAUCCAGCCGUACAGUUCAGAGAGAGCAAAUCCGUAUUUUGAAUACUUGCACAUAAGGAAAAAAAUCGAAGAAAAACGCAAAUUGUUGUGUAGUGUUAUCCCUCAGGCACCUCAGUAUUAUGAUGAAUAUGUAACAUUUAAUGGAUCGUAUCUCCUGGAUGGAAACCCCUUAAGCAAGAUCUGCAUCCCCACAAUUACACCACCACCUUCCCUGUCAGAUCCACUUAAAGAGCUUUUUCGACAACAGGAAGUUGUAAGGAUGAAACUUCGUUUGCAACACAGUAUUGAAAGGGAAAAACUCAUUGUAUCCAAUGAACAGGAAGUUCUUCGGGUUCAUUACAGAGCUGCAAGAACACUGGCAAAUCAGACACUGCCAUUCAGCGCAUGCACUGUUCUCCUGGAUGCAGAAGUGUACAGCGUGCCACUGGACGCCCAGUCUGAUGACAGUAAAACUUCUGUGAGGGAUCGUUUUAAUGCAAGACAAUUCAUGUCUUGGUUACAAGAUGUGGAUGAUAAAUUUGACAAAUUAAAGACCUGUCUUUUAAUGAGGCAACAACAUGAAGCUGCAGCUUUAAAUGCCGUCCAGAGGUUAGAAUGGCAGCUCAAACUCCAGGAACUUGAUCCUGCCACCUAUAAAUCUAUCAGCAUUUAUGAAAUUCAGGAGUUUUACGUUCCCCUUGUUGAUGUGAAUGAUGACUUUGAAUUGACUCCUAUAUAGCAGCCGUCACUUCCUGGUGGUGGUAAUCUAAAUGGAUGAGGCUUAAGAGUAUUAUACUGUGGAAUACUGCCUUUUGACAAAAAUAUAUUAUGCCUUCACAGCUAUUAGUAAAGUUCAACUAAAGUUGGUGAUGUAGUAAACACUGUCAUUUUAUUAAAAAUGAAAAAAAUUAUUUUGGAUCUUACAUCCAAGCAGUUUCUAACUGAAAACUAUUAUUUAUAUUGGUGAAAGGUGACUAUCGCAUUGGAGCACGUUGGCAGACAAGGUAGAUGUUUAGGGAGCUGAGGAUCUGCUAAUGGCGCUGGAAGCUGUUAGUGCUCUACAUACGAGGUGACCAUGGGUGUUGAGGUUCUGUCAAGUUCUACUAAAACAGAUCAGCAAACUAAAAGGCUCAAUUCCUACCAAAUAGUUUCUAAUGUGGAAGGAAAACUUGGCACAAAAUUUCUUCUGUUUAUUAUAUCUGUAAGUUAAUUGUACAGCUUUCUUUUUGAAAGUUUUAAUAUUGUCUUCCUUUUUAAUAACUUAUUUUAUACAUAUUGUGCAGAUGUAAAUCUUGUAAUUAAUGGUCAAAAUGUAUACAAAGGGAUUGGUAGUCAAAACAUAUACAAAGAAAUAAUUGUAAAACUGUUUUGUCUAAUGUUUAAGGACCAAAGUUGUAGUUUGUAUGGUAUGGAGUGUAGUGAUAGUGUGUUGAGGUAGCAGGACUUUUAAAUAAGGCAUGCGUGUCUGAGUUAGCUUGUUUCCAUCACAGAACUGUAGAGACUGUGACUUAGCCAUACUGCAUGCUUCCUAUAAUUUAAUUCUCUCCAUAGCGAUGCCUGACGGUAGUGUUAAGGUGUUUCAUACCAGUCUCCCAGGAUAGUACCUAUGACUUACUAUGUUGGACAUUUUAUUUAGAAUUAGUCAUGCAAAGAAACAGCUCUUUUUUCAUCUCACGAUAGAGCCUAUUCUCCUCUUCCCCCAAAAAAUGCCUUUGAAUGAAAAUUCUGAAAUUGUAUAUGUCUAUUUUAAUACUCAAAUAUGAAAGAAUCUGUGAAUAUAUGUAAAUAUGUUUAAUAAAUUUUAUUGGUCAUGUUAAAUCAUUGUAAAACUUUUUUACAUUGCUUAAAUAUAAUGUUUUAAGCUUAAUAACCUUUGCACUUUUAAAAUAACAACUGAGUAUUCAAAAAAGAGAUAUUUGGUAGUUAAAAUAGGUAAAAGAAAUGGGCAUAUUCUGAUCGAUCUCUGCAAUGUUUAUGAAAUAUUGAUUAAUAUGUUGUAUUUCUUCCUUGUAUCAAGAUGCAAAACAUAUAAUUUUCAGAAUUUUAUAAUUAAAAUAAGAUUUGGUAUGCUGUUUUUAAUAAAAUAAUUAGCAAUAUACUUAGAAAAAGUCCAGUUUCUCCUGUAACGUGAUGUAAAUUAAAUAUUCAGGAAUAUUUCAGAUCUGAAACCUGCUGUUAAACUUACUAAACAUUUUUGGAAAGAAAAUAGGUUAUAUGUAAAAUUGAUCAUAAGUAUAUGAGAAAAUUUACAGAACUUUCCACAAUACUUUCUUGAAUUAUAAAAUAAUACCGGGUGUUUUUUAUUCUGAUAGAGAAAAGUGAAAAGAAUAUAUGAGGAAUAAAGUGAUUUAAAUUCAGCUUGCAAGUUGGAAAUCCCAGCUAGUGGGGAAGAAUGUAAAAUUGAAGUUUUUGAGUGCAAAGGUAUAUAUUAAGCUUAGGGAUUUUUGAAUUUUUACAUCAGUUUAUAUUUUAAUUGAUACUGUACUUGGCAUGCGCAAUAAAGCAGCACGUGUGAAAAAUACACAGUGCAAGGACUUUAUUAUAAAGAUUGGAUGUAGUAGUCUUUAGAAAUUUAGAUGAAAGAUUUUGGCCUUUUUUAUUGGAUAAAUGGGGCCAAAGGCAGGGUAGAUUUUGAAGCACUGGUUUUGUUGAAGUUAAGUUUAUUAAGGCUGGGAACAUUAAAAACUAAUUUAUAAAAGCAAUACUUUUUAAUAUGAAAAACUUAACGCAAAUUUUGUUUAUACUUUUGCCUAAAAAUAAAAAAACAGAUUAUUGAGCAUUGAAAUCAUAGCAAAUAAGAGAAGGGUAAGUUUAUACAGCAUUUUGUUCUGAUGGUUCAACCAGAGAAGGGAGGCGGAAAAAAUAUCACUGUUUGGCCAAACAGAACAAGCUGGAGAAGAGAAAAACCAAGCAAGCAGAAAUGUGGCAUAUUUUAGUCAUCCCAGCUUUUUAGUACUAACCACAGUUCUCACCCUCUUCAGUGGUACCUCAAGUUGCUGGAGCCUGUCUGCCAUGAUGCUGCUUCUGCCGAUUCCCUUUGUAAAGUGACUCAUUCGAAGCUAAUCGGGAUAGCUUAAAAAAAAAAAAAAAAGUGAAUGCCUUCUCCACGGGAAUUUAUACUUAAGUAAGUAAGUUAAGGGCUCUUGAUAUUAAAGAUUAUUCUGAAGCUCUAAAAUGCUAGAAAAAACUUGGAAUGAGGUAUAUGCCUAAAAAGAUACAGGAUUCUGAAAGAGAAAUAAAGGAUGGUUAGUUUAAUCAGUGAUUUUUUUUUAACUAUUCAAAUAUCAUGAACAAGAUACUAAAUUGUACCUAAGGAUUUGUAUUUCUUUAAAUCUUGUUCUAAAUCAUAUCUGUUUAAUAAAUGACUAGAUACUUGUGCAUGUUAUUUAAUAAAGAGAUAUAUUUUUAUAGAAAAAAUAAGAGUGAAAUGUGUUAAGUGUUUUUUUUAAAUUUUCCGCUCCCACGUGACUCCAAGCCCAACACCAGUGUUUAGUUGGGCAGCAGGCAAAAUUGCAAACUACUCAUUUUGGGGAAACAGCCUCUGAAGAAUUAGCCUUUUGAGCUCAAGUCUAUUCAGGAAUGAGGUCUCGAAAAUGAAUUUUAAGUAUUAGACAUGCUGCAGAUUUAACUGUAAAAAUCUCAAGCAAAGAUCCCCUGAAGCUCAUUUUAACAGACUGAGGAAUUAGAGUUAUUCUAGAAAUUGAGCAAUGCUAAAUACGUAUU